CCGUCCGGACCCUACAGGCCUGGCAGCAUCUAGCAGCAGACUGGGAGGCAGACAUCACACGGAACGGGGACUUCCUGAUAAGACUUUAACAACAUGGGAAACGUUCAGCCUACUAUUGUUCCUUAUGCAGACUUCGAUGUGACGUCUGACAUCAAAACUCUACGCCAAGCAUGCAAGGGCUUGGGGACGGAUGAAGAGGUAAUCAUUUCUAUUCUAGCCAACCGCUCCGCCGCCCAGAGGAUGGAAAUUAAGCAAGCCUAUUUCGAAAAAUUUGACGACCAGGAGCUGGAGGAGGUGCUUAAGGGUGAGCUGUCGGGCAGCUUUGAGAAUGCCAUCGUGGCCAUGCUCGACCCGCCACCGGUCUACGCCGCCAAGGAGCUCCGCAAAGCCAUGAAGGGGGCCGGCACUGACGAGGGCGUGCUGGUGGAGAUCCUCUGCACCAGCAGCAACCAGGAUAUAAUAAACCUGAAAGAGGCCUAUGCUCAAGUAAACGAGCGUGACUUGGAGGCUGAUAUUGAGGAUGACACGAGUGGAGACGUGAGAAACCUGCUGAUCGGCCUGCUUCAGGCCAACAGAGAUGAAAACUAUGAGGUGGACGAGGGCUUAGCUGAGCAAGAUGCAGCAGCAUUAAUUGAGGCUGGAGAAGGUCGUUUUGGGACAGACGAGUCUACCUUCACCCACAUCCUCACACACAGGAACUACCUUCAACUCCAGGCCACAUUCAAGUUUUAUGCAACCCUGUCUGGCUCUGACAUCCUGGACUCCAUCGAGAGUGAGGCUGGAGGCACCCUAAAGGACUGCUACAUCACCCUGGUGCGCUGUGCCAAAAACCCCCAGCUGUACUUCGCUCGGCGGCUGAACGAAGCCAUGAAGGGAGCUGGCACAGACGAGGACAUACUCAUCCGCAUCAUCGUGGGCCGCUCCGAGAUCGAUCUGGAGACCAUCAAAGACAUGUACCUGGAGAAGUACGACGUGUCACUCAAGGAGGCCCUGAGCUCAGACUGCGGAGGGGACUUCAAACGGCUGCUGCUGGAGAUCCUCCAUUAGGAGACAGCCUCACAGACGGCCAAGCUGCCGCGCCAGCUGUCCCCCUCCGCUCCAGCCAGCACGGCGCAGCAGACAGCACCCUCUCUCCCUCUCUCCUCUUCUCUUCUCUCUCUCCUCUUCUCCUUCU